AAUUGGUCUUUGUUUUAGAAUGGCGGUGUCAAGGACUAUUACUGUUAAACGGCAGCUAUGUCAUCGCACGCUGUAAAACCGCCAACACUACAAAAUGAAACUCUUGCGACCGGCCCCGAUCGCGCCUGGCGAUGGAACAACCAGCAAAGAGGGACGCGACAGUUCUUCAUGGAUUACGGUAAAGGGGUUGGUCACUGUGCCCUGGUUUACCUGAAGGUUUGCUCUGUUGCUUCGGGUGGGGAGUUGAGAGAGAGAGAGAGAGAGAGACAGAGAGAGAGAGAGACAGAGAGAGAGAGAAACAGGGAGAGAGAGUGUGAAACGCACAUAUACACAUACACACUCUGCGAGGUCAGCGAGCCUUGCACUGACAACGAGCUGUUUGAAGCGCUCACUCCUAUCUGCCGUCUUCCUCACCGUAUGCCGUUCUAGAAAUGAAUUAAUCCAGAGUUACCGGCAGAAAAAAACAGAUCUGAACACUUGCUGCACUUUUCAAACGUCAAUUUCCCCCAAAUGACAUUCGUCUUCGAAGAAACGAGACAGCAUCGACUUGUCACUUUGCACUGGAGCCCCAAUGAUCCUUGCAAUUGAGAAGUAACUACCUUAACUUUGUUAUCAUCAAUCCCGUGCUGAUGUGUAUUCCUUCCCAACCUCACGAUUGGUUAAAAAUGUUUCAUUUGACGUGUUGCAAUCUAUAACAAUUGCGUUUGAACCAUCAAACAUUCAUUUGGCGAGAAUGGAGGAAUAUGUCCUGCCGGAUUUAAAAGAACUGGAGAUCAAGAUGGGACGUAAGAUUCCUGAAAGCCUGCUACGAUCACUUAGGGAAGACCAGCCAUGCCGCCGCACAGACGAUGAGGUAGCUCUUUCUACCUCGGGAACUUUGAGUAACUGCAACGCGUUGGAGAGAUUGGAAACUAAGAUUCAGAUAUUGAAGCUGGAAAUGGCUUGUCUCAGGGCAAUUGAUGUCAAGCUGAUGCAUCAGUUACUCACCGUCAAUGAAGGUAUUGAAUCCAUCAAAUGGAUGAUGGAGGAGAAGGGAACAUUGGCCAGCAGGGGCAGCAGUUUGGCAAGUAGUACCUACAGCUUGAUGGAAAGCCAGAACACCUCACUGCGAGGCAGCUGGAACAGCUUACAAGAGGGUGGUGAUGGACUUGAUUCAAUUUCUGUGGGGAGUUAUCUAGACACACUGGGUGAUGACCUGCCAGGUCACCGCACACCCUCGGACAUAGAUCCUUUCUCAGAUGAACAUUUGACAAAAGAUUCACUGAAAAGUGAAACUAUCAAUAAAGAAUCCAAAGAGGACUCUGAUGAUGGAUAUUAUUAUUUUGGAUAAGUUACUUGAGACCAAGAAGAUAAUGUCUCUGCAUUAUCUGUGUUAUUGAAUUUUUCUGACUUUAAUGAUGUGAAAUAGUUGAUAUAGAUUUAACAGAGGAAAUGUAUAUUGGAUGACUAAUCUGAUAUCACCUAUCUUAAAGUACUGUCCAUAAUCAGAAUUCACUACUUGAGAUUACGUUGCCAUAGUAACUUCAGUGCAAGGGACAAUGUGAGCAAGUAUAUUUUGAAAUAUUAGAGUAAAGUUUCCGUACAGAAUAACAU